GCUCUCACUUUGUAUCUAAGUCUGCCACAGAAUUCAGUUUACUUGGAGGCAGAUGGAGGAUCUUUUCCAUAUCCAGUUUUACCGCAGUGAGCCAGAAGUGUCCAUGGCAAAUUUAUCUCGUCUGGUGCAGCGACUUGGAGAAACAUCUGAGGCCUUCAUUUCCAGAUUUUGGAAGGCCAUACUUAAGUGCAGAGUUGCCUUGCCAGAACAGGAAUUUGUCAAGCUGGCACAAAAUGGUUUGGAAAUUGAGUUAAGGAAAAAGUUUGAGGGAAUGGAGUUUCGUGAUUUCUUUGAGUUGUCUUACAAGGUGGCUCGUUAUGAAAAUUUAUUACAAGAUGACACACAAAGGAAAUUUGCAUCUUAUGGAACUUAUUAUGGUGACGCUAACUUUGAUCUGGAUGUGGCAGAAGUGGUGGCAGACAAGCCAGUUGUUUGCCCAUAUUUGAUUAAAGUGGUCCAACAGACUAACAAAACAGUAAAGCGUUAUGUCGAUAAAGCCAAAGAAAAUAUGGGAGUUGAUGCAGAUCCAUUCCCUAGCAUGUCUGUUGGGGUGAAUGCAGCAGAUCUCAGGAGCAUUGCUAGAGACAAAACUCAGCCAUACUCUAGGCACAGACUUGUAGCUGAUGAUUUGAGGUGGGUCAUUGAGGAGGCAAGGGUCCGCAGAAAUCAGCAAACAUAUCAAACUAAGGAAGAAAGAGUCAUUGAGAUCCCAGCUAAAGAAGAUGGAGAUCUGGAUUCAGCAGAUAAAAUCAUUUUUGAAAAACCAGAAGAGAGGAUGGUCAGACAUAUCAGGCCAUUAUACAUUCGUGCAUAUCUGGAUGGAGUGACAAUCAGUGACUUUACUGGUGGGGUAAAUCGCUCAAGGGGAAUUCUGCCGGUAGAACUCAUUGUUGGAAAUAGAACUCUCAUAUAUGCGUUCUUUGUGGUUGACACCAUUGGCACUUAUAAUGCAUUACUUAGGAGAGAUUGGAUACAUUCCAGAUGGUGUGUUCCUUCAACCUUGCACCAUAAAUUGAUAUUUUGGAACAGUGGUAGAACUAAGGUUGUGACAGCAGAUGACAAGCCUUUUGUGGCAAAUACUAAUAUUGUGAAAGCUCAUUUUUAUGAUGAAGAUAUUGGGACUAUCCAUUUCUUUGGGAUGGAUCGUUAUGGCAGACCUUCUGAAAUUAUUGCCUGCACCAGAUUUGCAUUAGACAGACAGACUGUGAAGGAGGAUCGCAUUAAGCACCAGAAAAAGGAGGCUAUGGAAGAAAUCAAAAGAAAAUUAGCGGCCUACCUUGCAGAAAAACGGAUUUGUGUAGACAGAUCUGACGUAGUCUAUGAAGGAGAAGAGGAGGACUUAAAGGAUCAGGUAACUCUGGAGGAAUUAGAUCUAGCACCAGUAAAACUCGAUGAUUUGAAGGCAGAAGUACAAGAUCUCCCAGAGGAGGUAAAUCUGGGUUUGGACAGAAAUUUGGUGGAGCACAGAUUACCAAUUAGAGAAGACUUUAAACCUUUCAAGCAGCCACCCAGACGAAUGUCUCUAGAACUAACUUUGAAAGUUAAAGAAGAGAUAGAGUAGCUGUUAAAGGUUGGUUUUAUCAGAACUUCCAAAUAUGUGGAGUGGUUAUCUAAUGUGGUCUCUGUGGUUAAAAAGAAUGGCAAGCUGAGAAUCUGUGUGUGUUUCCCCAAAAAUCCUCUAGUGGCCUCGCACGUGUGAAAUUUGGAUUCGUGCCACUUACUUUGCUGAAAGUAAGAAAGGAGGACCUUCCCAAUGAUCCUCUCUUUCCUCACGGUUGACCUCUUUGCAGAUGGCGGGAAGAACAUUGGAUUAAAAUGAAAUUUGCGCCUUCAG